AUGUCAUUCCAACCGCGCAACCUCUUCUCCCACCUACCUCCCCCCGCCGAAUGCCUCGCCCUCUUCAUCGCAACCCUCGAAAUCCUGCCCUUCGGGCUCCUCGGCCUACGCAAUCCCACCUCCUUCGCCGCCGGCUACGGUCUCCCAAUCACCAACACAACCCCACUCCCAUCCACCACCUCUUCCAAAUCUACAAAGCGCACAUCUACAUCCACAUCAUCACAAAGCAAACAAGACGAAGACACAAAGAAAGCCCUCGUAGCAGCAAUCGCAGCGCGCAAUGUGCAAAAUGGGGUUUUACUAGCGGUUUUUGGGUUGUUGCUGCGGGACCGGAGGAGCUUGGGUGUUGCGGUUUUGGCGGGGUUGGUAGCGACGGUUGCGGAUACGGUGAUUGUGCAGGGGUAUGGGGUUAGGGAUAAGGUUCUGGGGCAUUAUGUGGGGGUUUUCAAUAGUUUGGCGAUUGGCGCGAGUUUGUUGUAUUGGGGACGGAAUGAUCCGUUGUGGUGA